AUGUUCACCCCCGUCGAAACCACCAUCGGUGCCCUCCUCCUCCUCCAAUCCACCACAACCCUCCUCCUCACCACCGGCCAGCCGCUCGGCGCCUCCUCCACCCUCGGCAGCAGCCUCACCUCCCCCAAUCUCCACAACCUCCCGCUGCUAACGGGCAUGCUCCUCGCCACCACGCUCACCUCCCACACACUCCCAACGCUCCUCCCACCGCCCUCCCCCGCGGUCCCUAACCAGCGCUACAUACUAGCAGCCCUCCUCGUCGGCGCCGGAACACGCCUCGCAAACGGCUGCACGUCCGGCCACCUCCUCUGCGGCGUCCCGCACCUCUCUAUCCGCUCCAUUGUCGCCUCGGCCGUCUUCUUCACCACCGCCGCCGUCACGGCGACGCUCUCGUCGGUGUGGUAUGGCACCACCCCCGCCUGUGCUGGCGGGAUGGCAUGUUCCACGCCCUCCUAUCCCAGCGCCUCCGAGACAACCACCCUGCUCGGGCUCCUCGCAGCAACGACGCUCGUCUCAGCGGGUACCUUCCUCCUCCCGCGCCGCCCGCUCUCGACCGCUCUCGUGCGCGGCUGGGUCGGCGUGACCUUCGCACUAGGGCUGCUAGUCUCCGGGAUGGCCGACGCGCGCAAGCCACUGCGGUUCUUGACGUUCCGCGCGGGGCUGUGGGAUCCGAGUCUUGCCAUGGUGGUUGUUGGCGCUGUGUUGCCGUCGCUGGUGGGGUGGGGGUGGGGUGUGCGGCGGGUCGGGAUGCCGGUGGUGGGCGGGGAGUGGAUGGUGAGGGGGAAGGAGGUCGGGGCGAGGCUGGUGGGCGGGAGUGUGUUGUUUGGGCUGGGGUGGGGGAUGGCGGGGGUGUGUCCGGGGCCCGGGGCGGUGGGGCUGGCGGUGGGGAUUGGGGGCGUGGCGUGGGUGGGUGCGUUUUGGGUCGGGUGGGGGGUGGCGGGGUUGUUUUAG